AUGUUGGAAGAGGAGGAUGUGCAGGAGCUCGAUCUCACCAUUCCGUUGAAGGCGGUGUAUGAUGAGUUCUUGUGUCCCAUCUGCUUCAGCCCCAUCCAGAACUGCUACAUGACCCCUUGCGGCCACCACUUCUGCGAGGGCUGUAUUAUGGAGUGUGUGAACAGGAAGCACGUGUGCCCGUGCUGUAACGCCGAUGCCACCAAAGCGCAGCUGGUGCGCAACCACUGGUUCGACAAAAUGCUCGCCAUUGUACAGCAGGAGAAGGAGGAGGCCGCCAAGAAGUAUUUCUCGAAGCUGGUCUCGGGUUCAGCCAGCGCUGGCCAACAAUCGGACGUGCUACGUUCUUCGCGAGAGCGAGCGGCGGCGAUGGGGGAGUUGUCGCCGGUGGAGGAGGUCUUUCAAAAGCACAUGCAGCGGAGCUUGGCCUCCUACGAGCUCUACUACCAGGAGCUCAAAGCCAAGUUUGAGAAGGCGCAGGCGAGCGUGCGCUCCAAGUUUGCCGCACAGUGUUUGGAUAGCGAGAAGGAGAUCGAGGCGGUGUACGGGAAGGGAACCGACAAGGCCAAGGCCGAGAGGGAGCGCGCGCUCCGCGGACUCACCGAAGAAUGCGAAGAGAAGAUCAGCGUGCUCCGCCAGAGCCUCGACGACUGCGUAGGCAGUCUCGUCAAGGCGUACGACGGCUUCCUGAAGGAGCGUGCCGUGGAGCCGCGGCUGGCCGGUCUGUCGGUCAAUGUCCUGGUGCCCUCGCGGGGCAUCCGAUGGGAGCGCAUCCAGCUUCGCCCCACCGACGCGCCCAACGAACUCUUCAAUUUGCUGGAGGAGAGGCUCAAGGCCAUGGGCACGCCCAUGCUGGACCUGUCGCCCGACGCCUGCUUUGUACUGCGCACCCCGCUGGGCGAAGAGAUCGUCCUAAAGGACCGCAACAAGCCGCUGCUCCAAUACGACGCCCCACCCGGUUGCGACGUUGAGCUCAGAGGGCAGAUCAAGAUGCAGGGCGAUACGCACGAGUGCUUCACCCUCCGCUUCCAAAAGGGCGGCAACCAAGUGGAGAACUACUUCGUGUGCAAGGACUGCAAGAUCACCUGGGUGUGCGAGGCUUGCGCCAAGGAGUGCCACAAGGGCCACACAGUGGUGAACUACAUGCCCAACCACAAGCCCACUUGGGCCUGCUGCUACUGCCCCAAGAACCGCAAGUGCCAGAUCCCCAACGCCAAAACCAAGCGCGGGUGA